ACUUCUUAUAACAGCCUCGGAAUAGUUCGCAUAAGCGAAUCGUAGCAAUAAAACAGCCAUACGAUGCAUCGAUCAUAUGUAGUCUUCUCACUGCACGCAUAUUUAUUUCUUAGUAUUAUUAUUUUAGUGUCAGGUGAAUACAAGGACUCGGAAAGUAUCUGCGCGUCUCAAGAAACAUGUGGAAAGUGUUUACAAACCCCGAAAUGUGUUUGGUGUUCGACGAACUCAUUUGGACAGAACGAACAAAUUGUACGUUGCGUUACGAGAGAGAAAUUAUUAAAGGAAGGUGAUUUAUGGUGUAAAAAACAUGACGUGGUCGAUAUACAAAAUUCGAUGACGAUUAUUGAAAAUCUUCCGUUGUCUUCUGUGAAAGGAAAAAAUCCAGUUCAAAUACAACCUCAACGGAUUAAAUUACGUUUAAGAAAAGACGAGGAAUAUCGGAUUAUUUUGAAGUACAGUCAAGCGGAAGAUUAUCCCGUUGAUUUGUACUUUCUGAUGGACAUAUCAUUUACGAUGAGAGUUUACAAAGAAAAAUUAUCGAAACUUGCUGUAAAAUUACAGUCAGCAAUGAAAAAAUUAACGUCCAAUUUUCGUCUCGGUUUUGGAAGUUUCGUUGAUAAAGUUGUCCUACCGAUGAGUAAAACACAAAAAUCAUGGUUGAAAAAUCCUUGUUAUUCGAAAUAUAAAAGGACCUAUUGUGUGCCUUCGUAUGGAUUCAAGCAUCAGUUGUCUCUCACUGACAAUGCCAUACUUUUCCAGGAUAGAGUGAUGAAAACUCCACAUUCCGCGAACAACGAUAUACCCGAGGGUUGUUUCGAUGCUUUGAUGCAGGCCAUAGUUUGUUCGAAUGAAAUUGGUUGGCGAGAAAAGGCUCGUCAUCUUCUUGUACUUUCGACAGACGGAAUUUUUCAUUUGGCAGGUGACGGAAAAUUAGCUGGUAUCGUCGAACCAAAUGAUUGCCAAUGUCAUUUAGAUGAACAGGGAUAUUAUAGUCAUUCGUUACUUCAAGAUUAUCCAUCGAUUGCUCAGAUCGCUAAAAAAUCUCGAGAACAUAACGUGAAUAUUAUCUUUGCCUUGCCGCUGAAAAAAAAUAACAAAUAUUAUAGGAUUUAUCAAAAUUUAAGUGAAAUUAUCAGUGGAUCAUCCAUCGAUACGAUGGAAGGCAACGGUGAAAAUAUUGUUGCACUCAUCAGUAGACAAUACGAGCAAUUAGUGAGUUCAGUGUCGAUAAUGGAUAACGCACCAAACUUUAUCAACGUUAAAUAUUAUUCACGAUGUUUGAAUGCGACCGAAAAAUUAAUGGAAUGGCAAGAAUGCGGAGGAUUGCGUGUUGGAAACGUCGUAGAAUUCGAAAUUGUUUUGAAGGCUUUUGAAUGUCCAAAGAAUUUAAGCGAAAGGCAGCAAGUGUUGCAGAUAAAACCUCGUGGAAUAAACGAAAGUCUGACCGUCGAUAUUGAAAUUCUUUGCGAUUGUCCUUGCGAAAAGAAAGAUAAUUCUGAGUUGAAUUCAGUUAAAUGUAAAAGAAGAGGCACGUUGACUUGCGGUAUUUGUUUUUGCAACGAUGGCUUUUACGGUAAACAAUGCGAAUGCGAGGGACACGAGUUCGGUUCGAGUAGUCAGAACGUAACGGAAGAUUGCAAAGCAAGCAACACAAGCGACGAGAUUUGCAGUGGUCACGGUGCUUGCAAAUGUGGUGUCUGCAAUUGCAUGAAACGCGAGAACCCGCAGGAAAUCUUUUAUGGGAAGUACUGCGAAUGCGAUAACUUCUCUUGCAAACGAAGCGGAGAUGAGGUUUGCGGCAAACACGGUAAGUGCGAAUGCGGUAGGUGCAAUUGCCGGCCAGGUUUUAGCGGCGAAACCUGUGAUUGCAAGGAGACCAACAGCACGUGUAUUCUUCCCUCGACGGAUAAAGCCGAGAAAAGCUCGACGAUUUGCAGCGGCCGCGGCGACUGCAUCUGCGGCAAAUGCCACUGUCAUGAAAAAGACAAGAUCCGAUAUUCCGGUGAAUUUUGCGAGGAGUGCCCGAACUGUCCGGGCCAGAGAUGCGAGGAAUUAAAAGAUUGCGUCGAAUGUAUGGCUUAUGGAACUGGUCCACUUGCCCAAAAUGGAACUUGCAACUGUUAUUAUCAAAUAAGCAUUGUUGACGUUGUAAAAGAAGAUUCCGAAAACGAUUAUAAAUUGGAUACUCAUUAUUGUCGUACUGAUGGAGACGGGGGUUGUUUCUUUGCAUUCAAAUACGAGUAUGUUGGAAAGGGUAAAAAUAAAGAUAACACGAUCAAGAUUUUAGUGCAAAAAAAACCAGAGUGUCCUGUACCAAUCGAUGUGUUUGGUGUUGCUCUGGGUGUUGCUAUUAGUGUAAUAUUGGCUGGAUUAUUGAUUAUUUUAAUAUGGAAAAUAGCAACGAUGGUUCAUGAUAAAAGAGAAUAUGAAAAAUUUGAAAGAGAGCGUGUACUUGCAACAUGGGGCCGCAGUGACAAUCCUCUCUAUAAACAGGCAGUGUCAACUUUUAGUAAUCCUACAUUUAAAGGAAACGAGGAAACGACAUAAAUAUCUUCUUCCUCUUUUUUUUUUUUUUUUCAUAAAUAUCUAAACAUUAAAAAUAAUUUAAAAUGAAUUUUUACGA